AAAAAACUUUAGUCGAUCUAUUUGUUUCUUCCAAUAGGCUCUCCUAAUCAUAUUAUCAGAACCUCAACCUUCUUCAUAUAAAUAUUGUGUUGAUCAAUUAUGUAGAACGAAUACUAUAUGCUCUUCUUUACGUUCAUUCAAAUUCACUCGAUAGGUACAACGAUGGGACAUUUAGUGAAGGUGAAGUUGCAAUGGACACACUUACAUUAGACUUGGCUACCGAGAUGUUCAACUUCCAAACCGGAGACCUCACAGGAAGACGACAAAACGUGUCCUUCCCAGAUAUCAUUUUUGGGUGCGGCCACACGAAUCACUUCACGGAUAAUGAUACCCGCAUAUCCGGGAUUGUUGGCCUCGGCUCAUCUCGCUAUUCACUUAUUAAUCAAAUUGGUGGCAACCGAUUUUCAUACUGUUUGGUUCCCUUGUCACAUUUGAACGUGUCGAGUAAGUUGCAAUUCGGAAGCCAUCCCGCCACAGUGGUUCGUGGCCUGCCCGAGGUGGUUUCCACCCCGCUCAUUUUGAAACCUCCGAGGAUUUUCUAUUACCUGACUUUACUAGGCAUUUCAGUCGGAAACCAAACUGUGGUACCACCAACAGGCGGUAAUCAUCAGCAGCACAGAGGCAACAUUUACAUCGAUUCAGGGACGACAUUUAGCUUCCUGCCAACGGAUUUAUAUUUUGGUCUGGAAGAAACGGUGAAGAGCUCCAUAGGGCAGGAACCUAUGAAGCCAGACCCCAAGAGGAGGUUCCUGAGGUUGUGUUACCAAGGUUUGCGACCUGAGGAUGUUCCGGUACUAACGGCCCGGUUUGAAGGCGGUGGUGAUCUGAAGUUGAAUCCAGUUAACAGUUUUGUGAACGUUGGGGAUGGAAUUGGGUGUCUGGCCUUUGCCCCUACUAAGGGUGUCCCUGUUUUUGGGAAUGUGGCGCACACAAAUUUCUUGGUGGAAUAUGAUUUGGAGAAGAUGGUUGUAUCCUUCAUGCCUACUGAUUGUGCCAAAUGGAAGUAAUAAGGUGCUAGCCCAUUCACUGGGACCAAAAAGCUAAGAUUGAAAUGAAACGCUCUGUAAUGUUCUAUCUCAAAUGAUUUGCAGGUUUACUUUUAUUAGUAAAUAAAUGAGAUUUCGAAUUUAUACUGUGAUUAUGCCUUGUACUAUAGAACAUGCAUUUCACCGUAUCAUUCAUUCAUCACCAAAGGGUCAGUUCAAUCUCGUUACAAUAUAUACUCUCUAAUAUCUAUAUGCGUAUAAAGAAUGAAGAUCCCCUUCAAACCUCAACUCAAAAACGAACAAUUGAAGGAGAUGGAAGAAACAGUUUUGGUUUUAUAUUUCACUUUUAGACUAUCUUGCCACCUCUCCGUAAGUAGACUAAUAUCGGGAGAGAGACGCAGGAGAUUUUCGAUCGACACUUCUCAUCGCCGGGUGGUCGGGUGGAUGAAAAACACCGGGAGAGAUCCUAUGGUGGGGAUUAAACAUCACGACAGAGUUGUGUUCAGAUUCAUCGUUUCGACAUCGUUAGGCGGCCAAGCGAUCAAUUUGGUGGCCAGGAUGGAACUAUACUACGGAGUGCUAUUUGCAGAUGAAGACUCCUAAUUCAAUCCUAUCAACACAUAUUGGUACUUCGGAAUAAACUUCAAUGAACAAUGUUGUUCUGCUGCUUCUUGGGUGUAUACAUGAAAAAGUACAUGAAGAUGAUGAUAAUAAGACUGUGAGUUUCAUCGAGGAGAAUAAAGACAAUAGUCCAAUCCGAUCAACUAAGUGUUGAUCGAGGUACACAUAAAGAAGAAGAAAUGAAAAGAAGAAAGCCAAAUAAUGAAGUAGUCUGAUACAUAUGUAAUAAACUCAAACAAUAGCUUGAACUAUAUAUUUGUUGUGAUACUCUUGUAGGUUAUUUUUUGUUUCCUUUUGUUUCGUCUUACUUGUUGCUUAUUGUUGCAUUGUGUUGUUUUUUGUUGACUCAUGUUGUUUUUUGUUGCAUCGUAUUGCUUAUGGUUAUUUUUGUUGAAAUUAAAUUUUAUG